UAGGGUCCACAGUCAAACACGGCGAAAGCUUGGGGGUUUAUUAGGGUUUUGCAGAGAGCAACCGAGUGAGAGACAGAGAGACAACAUGAGCCGGAGCUUGGGAAUUCCGGUGAAGCUGCUACACGAGGCCUCGGGGCACGUGGUCACGGUCGAGCUCAAGAGCGGAGAGCUCUACAGAGGUAGCAUGGUCGAGUGCGAGGACAACUGGAACUGCCAGCUCGAGAACAUCACCUACACCGCUAAGGAUGGGAAGGUCUCACAACUUGAGCAUGUCUUUAUUCGAGGCAGCAAAGUGAGGUUUAUGGUCAUACCAGACAUGCUGAAGAAUGCUCCAAUGUUCAAGCGUCUUGAUGCCAGAAUCAAGGGUAAGGGUGCGGCACUUGGAGUUGGCAGGGGUAGAGCGGUUGCAAUGCGGGCCAAGGCUCAGGCUGCUGGUCGUGGAGCACCACCCGGUAGGGGUGUUGUACCACCUGUUCGGAGGUAAUCAACAUCUGAGUGGUUUCUUGUCCUCUUCAUUCUAGAGCAUCGCUUGUCUUCUGUUGGUAGCCUGUCGAAUCGUAGAUCCUGCCCUUGACAUCCUCAAAAUUUUAUGUAAAAGAAUGAGUUUUCGUUUGGGAAGAAAGAAGGUGGAGACCAUAUUUUCUGGAUCUUGAUGGACUGAUCUUACUUUAUUAGAUGUAUGCUAUUGCAAAUUACCUUCUAUUAUGUACUAUUAAUGUAAGUGAUUUGUCUUUCGUGUU